AUAGCCAGACAGACAUAACAAAAACUGAAAACUCCAUAGACCACUAAAAUUCAGUCUCGUUUUAGACUGCGGUCGGUUGUGUUGUGAUCAUUCGUUGUUCAUUCUUCAUUCCUUCGAGCGAGCCGCCCUAGAGCAGCCUAGCUAGAAAAACACCUAUCGGAAGACAAAACCUCUUUUACUUGUCUUUUACUUCGUUUGUUUUUGCGUUUUUAUUGUUUUCGUUGUGUAUAUUAGCAUUGUCGUUGUUAUUAUUGUGUGUGAGAUUCGUUCAAAUAUAAAAAGCAAAAAAAAAAAGUUCGAAAAAGUGCAAAGACCAUCAUAAGAAAAAGGUUAAAGAAGAAAAGAAAUACAACAACAAAAUAUAACUGGUUUUCUAACAGUAGUCCAUUUGUAAAGUACACAAGAAAAAUUAAAGAAAAUUAUAGAAAAAAUAAGAAAAGCCUGGAGUUAAGUUCGUUAAGGCUCCAAAAACAAUUGUACCCAUCGUUAUUGUUGAAAAUUUGUUAUUUUUUAAGUGCUAUACAAUAAAUAAGAGGCAAUUGAAUUCAUUUAAUUGUUGCUGUUGCAAAGUUAAACAAAUACACAUUUAACUAAAGUGCACACUCAUACAUAACACGCACACUUCCAUACCCAUAUAUUCGCGCAAUAGAUAAAUUACUGGUAUAAAAUUGAAAUUAAAGAAAAUUAUCAUCAUUUCCAUCUCUCAACCAUUACGAGAAAAACAAAAACAACAACCAGCGGGCAUACAAAGGCCUCCAACUCAUAAUCAGCCGUGUUUGUGUUGUUCCAAGAUCCAACAAAAGCAACAAAUUACAUACAGCCAUUAUUAAAAAAUUUCCCUAAUUCGCUUCCUCAAGACGCAUUAUGGAGAAGACGGCGAAAAUAUCUCAGUUAAAGUUUUGGAAUAAACAAAACAACAAUGCCAAUAAAGACAAAGACAAAGAAUCGGAAACAACAGAAACUAAAAAUGGUGCUAAUAAGGAAGAUAGCAAGGCAGCCAAACGCAAUUGGUUACACACACCUGAAGCUCUAGUAAAUGGUCAUGUAGUCUAUCUAGUCAAAUUCUUUGGCAAUGUUUCGGUGGAUCAGCCAAAGGGUAUUGAAGUCGUCAAGGACACCAUAAGGAAAUUACAAUUUGCCCAGCAAAUGAAGAAGGCGGAAACAGGAACCCAAGAGAAAUUCAAAAAAGUCGAAAUCACCAUUAGUGUAGAUGGCGUUGCCGUGCAAGAGCCCAGAACGCAAAAGAUUCUGCAUCAGUUUCCCUUGCACAAUAUAUCGUACUGUGCCGAUGAGAAAGGUGUCAAGAAAUUCUUUAGUUUUAUAGCCAAAACGGUUAAAUCACCAGGCGAUAAUAACUCAAAUGGCCGAGGCAGUAGUCCGGAUGGUUCCACACAGUCCUCAUCAGGCGAGGAAACACAUGAAUGUUUUGUAUUCAUAUCAAAUAAAUUGGCCUCGGAUAUAACAUUGACCAUAGGUCAGGCAUUUGAAUUGGCUUUUAGAAAAUAUGUUAACAACACCGAAAAAUCAGAAUUGGGCAAAGCGCAACAACAGAUUGCCGAUUUGGAGAAAACUGUCAGUCUCUACAAGGAUCGCCUGAAAGAUCUUUCACAGAAGCUUAACAAAUCCCAAUUGGAUUCGUAUCUGUUUAAUCAAGGCAUCAAGGAUAUACUCGAAGUACCACCACAGACUAACAUCACCAAUGGAGACUUGCAAUCCUCCACCAAUCUCACCAAUGGCACUAAUGGUCUAUCGAAUCAUGAUGAUAAGACUCUCUUGAUCGAUACCAAUUCAAAUUCAUCGAAUUCUUUAAAAUCGUCUCUGUUCUUACCCGCUGUACCGCCACGCAAUAACAUGUCCAUGUCCAAGUCGGGGACCAAUAACAAUGGCAAUACCCAAAAACUGGAAGAGCUUCUAUUGAAUUCCGACUCAGAUAGUGAUUUUGAUCCUCGAGCUGACGAGUCUACCACCGAUGGCAAUAGCACCGGCAGUGGUGGUAAAAAUCUUACCAAUGAUUUGUUUGGCUUUGAACCCUCCAACUCAUUUGGCCAACAAUUGUUCUACAACAACAAUGAUAAUAAAUUCCUGAAUAACAAUCACAACGGCAACAACAUCCAUAACUCCGGCAUUAUAAGCAAUAACACCAACAACAGUUUCACGGAGUUGACCAUAACACCACCAUUGUUGGCUCCACCACCAAAAAUCUCUGCAUCACGACGCAGCACCUCGGUAACUAAUAGUUCAACUACAACAACAACACCAAAUGCCAUCAACAAUCUUAUGAGCAAUGGCAACAACAAUCUGGCCGAUCUCUUUGGUUCGGAUCCAUUCGAUACAUCGAAUAGUGGCAACCACAGUAUUUUCCCACAGAAAAUUAGCAAAAUGUCUGUAGAUGAUUUCACCUUGGAAAGUUUGGAUCCCUUAAGGAAAUGAUAGGAUAAGUUGAAAAUAAGUUGAAAAACCAACAACAGCAAGCGAACAAUCAAUCAAUCAAGCCCCAAGAAUAAGUAGCCAGUUGUUUUGUAUAAAGGGAUAGAUAAAACAAAAACCAUCACUAAUCUAUUAUACAUAAAAUGUUCAACAUUUUCAAAAGCCCCACCAGCAUAGGGCCUUUUUGAAAUGAUGUAAUAGAUUGAUUCUCUACCAAUUUCUUCGCCUUAAAGUUAAAAUGUUUUAAGAUGUAAGAUUAUAAACUCGUUUUCUAAAUAAUCUAAGUCUGUAUUCAUAAAAAAAACAAAAAAAAAAAAAUACGAAGGUUUAUCAACACAACACAUUCCGCAUGAACUAUGAACUUUUUCAUAAAUGUUAUGAAUUUGGUCUUUUGGUAAUGAUGUACAUGCAUUAAAUGAACAAGUGAUUGAAUGUCAAUAUAAGCUGUGUAUGCGGUUGUUUA